GCGACGGCGGCGACUGGCGGUGGGGCGGGGGCGGGGAUUUAAGAUUGUGAGGUAGGGAAUCGCGAGUUUCUGGAUUCUUUAUCCGGUAUUUUAAGUGCCGCUGGGAAGCUGUCGUUUCUGCAGUGUUUAGAGGAGGCCGGGGCGGGAGGAGCGGCGGCCGCCGUGGCGCGGAGAAUAAGAAAGUCUGAGUUUUGCGAAAAAAUCAGAAAAGAACUAAGAAGAUAGUCGACAAGAACUUUCCGAUUUGCAUAAUAUUUCCUUCAUGGAUACAUUUUCAUAGCAUUAUUAUGUGAUGUGAGAAGUUUUUUUUUUUUGUUUUGUUUUGUUUUUUUGAAGUAACAUGGAUUUUAUACUACAGAAUCAAGAGAUUGGCUUUAUAGGAAAAAUUGAUUUAUAAAGAGUGGUACAGGUUUUUAUAGAUAACCAUGACAACAUCCCAUAUGAAUGGGCAUGUUACUGAGGAGUCAGACAACGGAGUAAAAAAUGUUGAUCUUGCAUCACCAGAGGAACAUCAGAAGCACCGAGAGAUGGCUGUUGACUGCCCUGGAGAUUUGGGCACCAGGAUGAUGCCAGUGCGGCGAAGUGCACAGCUGGAACGUAUUCGGCAACAACAGGAGGACAUGAGGCGUAGGCGAGAGGAAGAAGGGAAAAAACAAGAACUUGACCUUAAUUCUUCCAUGAGACUUAAGAAACUAGCCCAGAUUCCUCCAAAAACUGGAAUAGAUAACCCUAUAUUUGAUACAGAGGAAGGAAUUGUCUUAGAAAGUCCUCAUUAUGCUGUGAAAAUAUUAGAAGUGGAAGACUUGUUUUCUUCACUUAAACAUAUCCAACAUACCUUGGUAGAUUCUCAGAGCCAGGAGGAUAUUUCACUGCUUUUACAACUUGUACAAAAUAAAGAUUUCCAGAAUGCGUUUAAGAUACACAAUGCUGUCACAGUACACAUGAACAAGGCCAGUCCUCCAUUUCCUCUUAUCUCCAAUGCACAAGAUCUUGCGCAGGAGGUACAAACUGUUUUGAAGCCAGUUCACCAGAAGGAAGGACAAGAAUUAACUGCUCUGCUGAGUGCUCCACAUAUUCAGGCACUUUUACUGGCCCAUGAUAAGGUCGCUGAGCAGGAAAUGCAGCUAGAGCCUAUUACAGAUGAGAAAGUUUAUGAAAGCGUUGGCCAAUAUGGAGGAGAAACUGUAAAAAUAGUUCGUAUAGAAAAGGCUCGAGAUAUUCCAUUGGGUGCUACAGUUCGUAAUGAAAUGGAUUCUGUCAUUAUUAGUCGGAUAGUUAAAGGGGGUGCUGCAGAAAAAAGUGGUCUGUUACAUGAAGGAGAUGAAGUUUUGGAAAUUAAUGGCAUUGAAAUUCGGGGAAAAGAUGUCAAUGAGGUUUUUGACUUGUUGUCUGAUAUGCAUGGUACUUUGACAUUUGUUCUGAUUCCCAGUCAACAGAUCAAGCCUCCUCCUGCCAAGGAAACAGUGAUCCACGUAAAGGCUCAUUUUGACUACGACCCAUCAGAUGACCCUUAUGUUCCAUGUCGAGAGUUAGGUCUGUCUUUUCAAAAAGGGGAUAUACUUCAUGUAAUCAGUCAAGAAGAUCCAAAUUGGUGGCAAGCCUACAGGGAAGGAGAUGAAGAUAAUCAGCCUCUAGCUGGUCUCGUUCCAGGGAAAAGCUUUCAGCAGCAAAGGGAAGCCAUGAAGCAAACCAUAGAAGAAGAUAAGGAACCAGAAAAAUCAGGAAAACUAUGGUGUGCAAAGAAGAAUAAAAAGAAGAGGAAAAAGGUUUUAUAUAAUGCCAAUAAAAAUGAUGAUUAUGACAAUGAAGAGAUCUUAACUUAUGAGGAAAUGUCACUUUAUCAUCAGCCAGCAAAUAGGAAAAGACCUAUCAUUUUGAUUGGUCCACAAAACUGUGGCCAGAAUGAAUUGCGUCAGAGGCUCAUGAACAAAGAGAAAGACCGCUUUGCAUCUGCAGUUCCCCAUACAACUCGGAAUCGGCGAGACCAUGAAGUAGCUGGUAGAGAUUACCACUUUGUUUCACGGCAGGCGUUUGAGGCAGACAUAGCAGCUGGAAAGUUCAUUGAGCAUGGUGAAUUUGAGAAAAAUUUGUAUGGAACCAGUAUAGAUUCUGUACGCCAAGUGAUCAACUCGGGCAAAAUAUGUCUUUUAAGUCUUCGUACACAGUCCUUGAAGACUCUACGGAACUCAGACUUGAAACCAUAUAUUAUAUUCAUUGCACCCCCUUCACAAGAAAGACUUCGGGCAUUAUUGGCCAAAGAGGGCAAGAAUCCAAAGCCUGAAGAGUUGAGAGAAAUCAUUGAGAAGACUAGAGAGAUGGAGCAGAACAAUGGCCACUACUUUGACACAGCAAUUGUGAACUCAGAUCUUGAUAAAGCCUAUCAGGAACUGCUUAGGUUGAUUAACAAACUUGAUACUGAACCUCAGUGGGUGCCAUCCACUUGGCUGAGGUGAAGGAAAACAUUCAUUCUGUAGCAGGACUGGACUUGACCUGGCAGACUGCCCAUAGGAAGAUAGCCCUGAUACUUGAGCACGUCUCUGAGAAGGUGGCAGGCAGUGUAAACUGUAGGCAUGUUCUUAGAUCUUGAAUUAGUGAAAAGAAAAUCCCCUUAAGCAAUUUGUUAACUGCUGUUAACAAAUUACUAAAUUUUCUUAAGUCAGAACAAAUAGAAAUAUCUUUAUUGUCUCUCUGUACCUGGCUUUAGAGGUUCUUGCCUCAGAUGGGGAUUUUAAAUGGAAGUUUUCAACAGAGCCGUUCUGGUUUAUACAUGGUAAAAGCCUUUUAAUUCUGUUUUCAUCUAACCAAAUCUUUUCUGCCUAGUCAUAUUUCCACAAAAACGUGUAUAUAUACACAAUGGUCCGUGUUUCACACUGCAGUAAAUAGAUGUUAUUUAACAGUUAAUUUAAAUGAUUUCAUGAGAAUAUGGGAGGGAGGGGGAACUGUGCCGUGCACUGGGCAAGACGACAGGAUUUGGUUAGAAGACUGGCUUAGUCAUCAGAACGACUUUACUUUCUUAAAAAAUGGAGCCACUUUGGUCUGGAGCUACUCUGUUAGCCUUGAAUUCAUUUAUAUGUCUUUUAAUUCUGAAAAACAUUCCAUUAGAAGCACCAAUUUUUUAGCUCAAACUUUGUGGAUCAGACUUCACUGCAGACUCUGAUCUAAAACAUAGACAACAUAUGCUGAUCUUUUUAAAGGUAUAAUGAGUCUUUGAAUUUUUAUCUUAAAUUGUCACAACUGAUUUGGUAACUUCCUUUUCCUGAUCUGCAUAGUACAAUAGAAUGUAUAAGUUAUAUUUUUAUGAAUGGCAGAUAUUCAUAUAAACUGUGUUGAUUAUUAAAAGUUUCUUCCUCAAGAUGCAGGUUUUUACAUACAUGAGAGGACAGAGCACAUUUGACGGUUUUUGCAUUUUAUAUAUGAACACAGUAUAAUUUGAUGACUGUUAUAUAUGUAGGUAAUAAACUGGAAUUCUGUGAUCAAUAUAGCUGCUGUACUGUAUACUAAUAUUUAAUAGAUUGACAAAUGGUCAUUAAUUACACUUGUUCAACAUUGGAAUAAAAUUAUAUGAGAGAAAUGACAUGACAGUUGACUUUGAGAUCACAAGGAAAAGAUGACCUGAAAGUCAUUUGAACAUUUUAGGAAAAGAACACUGCAGGGGAAAAGUUAAGCAUAUAGAAAUAGGUUUUUAUCCUAAAAAAAGUCUGCCUCUUAUGACCAGAAUGCAACAAGCUAAAUCAUAAAACAUUUAAGCUAAUGGGAUUUUCAUACUGUCUCUAUAGCUUGAAGCUUUAAAAGUCAACUUCUGUAAUUGGCAUGGAAAGUUAAUUUGUAGUCUCUUCCAGGUUUAGGGGAUGGUGUGGUGUGUGACAAACAACCUCAAAUGUGAAUGUCUUGAUUUUAUUUUUAUGAUGACUACAGCUACAACAAUUCUGUUUCCAAAGCUAAACACUGGAAUAAUAUUGAAUUGUCACUUAUUAACAUAAGCAACUGUUUUUAAUGAGUAGUUUGUCUUGGUGUCAUGUAUGUAUUUGAGUUUUUCUCUUUUGCAUAAUACUAUUUGAACAAAUGUAGACUGUUUAUAUGUAGCCUUUUUCUGUUCAACUUUGUGUGGCCUCAGAGUUGGCUGUAGAGUAUGUCUUAUGCAGAAAUAAUGUUCCUUAGAAGAAAGUAACAUUCCUGGGUUGAGGGAAGGAAUGCCAUACAUACUGUCUCUUCAGGUCUGAAACACUCCAGUUUAUGGCAGGAAAAUGCAAAGGUCACAGUGAUUUUCAGCAAUGAAAACAAAGGACUGUAUUAAAUCUUUUCACUUUCCCAAUUUACUUUCUCCUUAGGAAUGAAAGGUAGUCUGUGGAAUUUUGUGAGCUGCUUAGCAUAUCUGACAACUGUUUUCAACCCUAAGGCCUAAAAUGUUUGUAGUUUCAGUCAGGUUAGAAUUGAGAUUUUAGGUGGUGUCAGUAAGUGGCUACCAUGCUAGUCUCCUAGUUAGCCUGCAGACCACGGGCCACACAAGGGCCACGCGCUGUGGACUCGGGCAUGGCUUUAACAAGCAGAUUCAAGGACCCUGCCGAGGCACGUGCCAUGCCAUAGUGCACUCUUAGAAGUCUAAGGUGAUGAGGUAUUUUAGGGGUCAGUGAAAUCUUAUGUAAUUCUCUCCUUCCUCAUCAGCAGUGAUAGAGGAAAUGUUUAUGUCCCACACUUUCUUCAGUCCCAGUGAUAUGGAUGUGCUGGUACUCAUCCCAGCCCCUCCAAAGUGAAAACUGAGUUGUUGCUGACUUCUUUGAAAGAAAAUAGAAAAAACCUUGCUCCUUACCUAACUGUGCUGUAUACCACUCUGGCCAAUUCUAUUUCCUGGCCUGCUGUGCUUCUGAUUGGAGACCCCAGUGUCGGGGAGGUCUUAACCACUUAAUAGGAACCAUACCAAUAGCUAAUGAAAUGCACAUUAGUUCAAACAAGAAAAUAACCUUCCUUUACUAAAUUUUCUUAAGUCAGAACAAAUAGAAAGGAGAAUAGUUUUUAGAUUAAUCCAGAUUUGCUUUCUAUGAAAACCUAAUAUCUGGAUUUUUUUUUUCCUUUUCUCAUGGCCUAAGGAAUAAUUUGAAUGUAAUUUUGUGAAUGUGUGUGGAAAAUAUAAACCAGGGAUUUAGCCUUAAUAAAGGUAACUUUUUUGACACCUGUUAUUAAUCUUCCUUUCUACUUUACCUUGCCUUUAUCUGCACUCUGUUAUUUUGAGAUGUAAUACUGCACAACAUAAUGUAAAAAUAAAAAAGUAAAAUUAUGUUUCAAAUUUUAAAA